UGUUGGACCAACCCUGACAGCUGAUUUCGCAGCUGUGUAAGUUGUAAUACGAUAAAAAAAUAGUUCCUGCUCAUUUUCAUUUCAUUUAAGCAGAUCUUACCUUUAAUUCACAAUAAAGGCAAACAAAUAUAAAUACUGACUACUUUUUAUCAUUAUGCUAUCAAAAUUGCGUUUUAAAAAUUUAAAAAAUAUUCAACACGUGCGCGGAUGAAUCAAUGUACUCCGUCAGUGAAUGUUUCCCGCGCAAAAGUACGAUAGGCGCAGCGCUUGGAUGUGAAUCAAGGUGUGAUAUUUGUGUUACUAUUAAUCGCGAUUUGUGUUAGAUGUGAAAAAAAACAAACAAUUCUUAGCGCAGAGUUUGUCCAGAACUUUGUGUAAAAUGGCGUUUUAUCAUCGGAAUAAUGAAAGAAAGCAGCGUCAUGAUUAUCGGCGGGAAGAAGAGGAAGUUGUCGGCAGCCUGUGCAGGUUAGGAAACAGACCAAUUUCUCCUAAAAGUUUAUUAGAACAAGAGAAGAGGAUAAGAAGAGAAAUUGCUAACAGUAAUGAAAGACGCAGAAUGCAAAGUAUAAAUGCGGGCUUUCAAUCUCUUCGUGCUUUACUGCCUCAUCGUGAAGGUGAAAAACUAAGCAAGGCAGCAAUACUUCAGAGUACAGCUGAUUAUGUAUUUCAAUUGGAACAAGAGAAGGCUAGACUCUUAGAACAAAACAGCCAGUUUUCACGAAGAUUGCUUCACUCUCCAUCUAAUAUUCAAGACAGUGAUGGUAGUUGUUCUGGAUCUCCUUUACCAAAAAGGAAAAAACGAGAGCCUGCAGAUUGCAUUGAUGAAGGAAUUGGUAGUUCUAGCCCUUCUAGAAGUGAGAAUGGAGGUGAUGAUAUGAAAAGAGAAAUAAUGGAAUUGAGACUUCAACUUGAGCAUGAGAGAACAUUGAGGGUGCUUGUGGAACAACAACUUCGGAACUUAGAAUCUAGACUUUAUUCUACUGAUAAUGAAGCAGCUGAACAGUACCAUAGUGUGACUGAGGAUAUUGACAAAUGUUUGAACUUUGGUCAGGAGAGUGGACUUGGCAGUCCAAUAUCAAGUCAGGAUGUUGAGAGUUCUCACGAAAUGUCUCCAAGAGGCUCAAGUCCUGAAUUAUCCAAUUUAGAUGUUCCAGAAGAUCUUUCAGGCAAAAGUAGCUCAGUUCUACUUCCAAGUGUAGAUGAGUUAUCAAUUUCGGAUAAUACCAUUCCAGGACUUGUACUAUCAUCUAGUGAUAUUAGCAUAGAAUCUUUUCCUGUAGACUUUAAUAUUGCCUCACAACAAACAUCUUACAAAGUUAGCACAUCUAGGCAGAAUCUUGAAACAAUAGUUGAAGCAAUUAGACAUGUAGAAGGGGAUCACAUGUUUAGAGAUGACCCUACACCAGAAUUAUUGGACUUAGUCAAUGAAAGUCAAAUAAUGUUAAAUCACAAACCAGAUCAAACUUCUAUGAUUUCAUUUCAACAUCAUAUAAUAAAAAAAGCUCCUCUCAUUCAAUCUCGACCUGGAGUGAUAGUCUCCAAUCUCUCUUAAACAUUUCAUUUUGGCAUUUUCAUACCUGUAUAAAUUAUCCAUUUUUCAUUGAGGUGUGCCCAUACAUGAGUGUAUAGUAAAAUUGUAACACUGUUUUUUAUGAGACACUUGAAAACUUUUGCAUUUUAUAUAAAAAAAAAUUUUAAAGAUUGUUUGUAUAUUUAAAAUGUACUAUAAGGAAUUUUGUUGUAUGAUAAUUAUUCUUAUUGUUAGAAUUGGUUUUAAACUGCAUGUUAUAAUUAAAAAAUUUAUUUGCCAAAAAAUCAGUGCUUUUAACUAUAAAUGGUCUCGAAAUUUUAUAAUUUUUUAUCGGAUUAAUAAGUUUUUUAAAGUUGCUUAGAUUCUAGUUCUUAUUUAUAGAACGUCUGGAUCACUUUAAUUUGAAUAAUAUUUUUAACCUUGUGUGCUGUAAAUCUGUAACUAAUUUUAAAAUGAAGGAGAUGAGUAGAACAUUUUUUAAGAAAAUUUUUUCUUGUUUGUGUAAUUAUGUAAUAUUGUUUUUUUUUUUUUACACAUCAUACCUCAUAUAUUUAUUUACACAAAUGUAUUAAUCCAUUAAGCUUAAGAAAUUACUCUGUCUUUAUAUAUAAUAUAUAAUAUUUCAAAAUGCAAGUUUAAUCCAUUAUAUAUCAAUCUAAUAAUUGUGUAAAUAAUCAAAAAGAUACUAUGUAAUAUAAUUUUUUUCCUGAUCUUUGUAAUUAUAACAACCUUUUUCCAUUUAAUUUCAUACUUUGAAAAAAAAAAAUUCCCACAACAGCCAGUUAUGAGCAAGUAAUGUCUUGAGGCUCCACAAUUUUGCUACCAGUUGCAUGAGGGCGACAAUGUUGUGAGCAGUAAUCGCCAUUACUUCUCAUACAAGCUGGUAUCCAUUGAUUUGAAGCUGGAUGAAUGUCAGGCCACCACAUGGAAUAGAACUCCAGUGCUUUAAAAUGACAGCUCAGUGCUUUUGUUUCAUUUAUUUAUCUGUAGUAACUGAUUUACUAAAUUUCUUAUGUCAUCAAACUUACAUUGCCGUUAUAUUCAGUUUAUUUUUUAUGGUGGCAUAAUACCUUCUAUAGACUAAUUUUAAAUAAAUUGUCAAACUUUGUUUAUUGUCAAGCUUUGUUGUUAACCCUAAACUAUUUGAAUUUUGUUUCUUAAUUAAAAGAAACAUUAUUAUUGAUAAUUUAAAGAUACAUGUAGUUUUUAUCGGAGCCUGAAAAUCAUAUUGCAUGUGUCAUGUAAAAAAUCGUCGCAUGCUUUUUUUAACAUUACGUGCUUGACCAGGCAUGUAAAUAUCAAUUUAGCACCUCCUGUUUUAACAGAAACAUGAAAAUGCCAGAUAGGACUCAAAAGGGUAGAGGAAGAAAGGGAAAAGAUUUUAAUGUUAUGUAAUAUAACAAUGAAAAAGAAUUCAUCAAACAAAAGUAGCUUUUUUUUUUUUUACUUUCCUAGUUUUUCUUAUUUUUCUUUUAAAAUAAAGCACCCCAUUUUCUGUUCCAUAAAAAAAUAAAUACUUCUGAUAAUAUCCUUUGUUAAAUUUAUAACUCUGCAUUUACUCAGUCAAUGCUAAUUCAUGCAAAA